AUGUUACCUACAGAAGUCUCAGGAGGAGUGUGUUUCACCACAAGCGAGCACUCCGAAGGCAGGAGGGACGGGAUGAAAACAGAAGAGAACCAAUCAUGUCUUCAGCAGGCGCCGCCGACCACACCCUUUGAGCACGUCGGUGGGGGUGAGGUGUGCGCGGGAUGUGAGUUGCCCAUAGCAGACCGCUUCCUUUUGCGGGUGAACGACAGAUCGUGGCACGAGACCUGCGUCAAGUGUGCCGUGUGCCUAAGCGCGCUCAGCGGGACCUGCUACUGCCGUGACCGUCUCCUUUACUGCAAGCACGACUAUGAAAAGCUGUUUGUGAGGAAAUGCAGUGCUUGCCUUCAGGUGAUUGGCCGUUCAGAGCUGAUCAUGCGUGUGCUGGGUCAGGUGUACCACCUUGGCUGUUUCAGCUGUUGUGAGUGCGAACGGCGACUACAGCGAGGCGACGAGUUUGUUCUGAAGGAGGGACAGCUCCUCUGCAGAGGAGACUAUGAGAAGGAGAGGGAGAUGUUGGCUGCCAUCAGUCCAGCCCCCACUGAGUCAGUGAAGAGUGAGGAUGAGGAGGGUGGGGGCGGUUCUGCCGGAGGGAAAACCAGCGAUGACGGAAAGGAACACAAACGUUCGAAACGACCUCGCACCAUCUUAACCACACAACAGCGACGUGCUUUUAAAGCCUCCUUCGAAGUGUCGUCCAAACCCUGUCGAAAGGUGAGAGAGACCUUGGCCGCCGAGACUGGUUUGACGGUUCGAGUGGUACAGGUGUGGUUCCAAAACCAACGAGCGAAAAUGAAGAAGAUCGCUCGCAGACAGCAGCAACAACAGCAGCAGCAGCAGCAGCAGGAGCAGGAGCAGCUGGGGGGGACGCGGAGGGGGCCAAGCAGGGGUGGUCGUCAGAGUAACGAUGACAGUGAAGAUGGCUCCAGCAAUCAUGGGCUAGACGGCCUCCUCUCCUAUCCUGCCCUGCCCCGACAGCAGCUCCUGUCCCUGGAUCCCAACUUGUAUGGAGGUGAACAAUUUCGUCAUGGUCUCACACCUCCUCAGCUUGGCCCUGAUCAGCUGCACUCCUACGAUUCAGAAGCAGUGUUCCAUGACCUGGACAAUGACGGAAGCCUGAGUCACCUUGGUGAUUGCCUCCUGGCGACAGCGGAUGGAGGGCUACUGCCAGGACGUGUGGGUAAUCCCAUUGACCGACUUUAUUCCAUGCAAAAUUCCUACUUCACUUCGUGA